UCUUUGGCUUUUAGCAAUAAACAGUAACAAUGGCGUCAACUUCACUUCAUCAGUUAAACACAUGCGGAUCGAUCGAAGUGUAACGGAGGUUUGCUAGUGCAUGUGCAAACGUCAAUCUUUGUUAAGAGAUCGCGAUUUUUUCCUACUAUGGCGAGGGAAAUGACACCGGACCGAAUGGCGUCAGACCGGUUACAAUAAUUAACAUUAAUAACAGAAGCGUUAGUUUUGCCUUUUUAUAUUGGACCUAAGUUGGAUAAUAAAACAAGCAGACUGACUAGGAGACAUUUGCAAGCAGGACUUCAAAGGACGUUUCGUAGAAGUGUUUUAGAGACACAGAACCAAACAGGAGUAGAUCUUCACAUAUAACCUAAUAAUGUGAGUAGAUUUGUGAGUAGAGCAGCAAAACAGGGUUCAGACUUCCAGAACAUGGAUGGAACAGGAGGAUCACACGCUCAAGAACAGGGCCUUAAUUUCGCUGACUGGCCUACACUGAAGCUGGUCAUGAUUGGGGUGAGAGAAGCUGGAAAAAGUGCCGCUGGUAAUGCCAUUCUGGGCAAAAAAGCAUUUGAUGAGGUUGGUGUUAAAACCAAAGCGAGUGUCUCUUGUCAGGGUCUGGGACAAGGGAUGCAGUUACUGGUGGUUGACACACCAGGCUGGGAAUGGUUCGACGUCCGUGGCACCUCUGCAUCAACAUGGACUCUUAAGAAGGAGAUUAUUAGAAGUAUGAGUCUGUGCCAUCCUGGUGCCCAUGCCCUGCUGUUGGUUGUGCCACUGUCAUUCUCAUUCUCCAAGAGUGAACGUUGUACCAUCGAAGAGCAUGUACAACUAUUUGGCCCAGAGAAUUAUAGUUUGGUGCUCUUCACCCUCCUAGACAGAAAGCAGUUGCAGGGUUCCAGCUUGAAACAGGAAGUGGAGGAGAAUGAGGAGCUCCACAGGCUGGUUGAGAAAUGCGGAGGCUGUUUCCAUGCUCUGUACAGCACACCUCAAGGAGGAGAAAACCAGGUUGCUAACCUUCUGACUAAAAUCAAAAAGAUCGUGGCUAGUAAUGGAGAUGUGGUGCUCUCCAGUGAAAAGAUACUAAAAUGGGCCCAGGAAAGAGAGACAGAGAGAUGAGGAGAGAAGAGACGAAGAAGAGGGAAACAAACAAACAGGUUUGAAUAAUAGGAGGGAAAAGCAAGGACAACAUGAUUAAAUCAGAUCC